UCUAAAUGUCAUCUUGGCGAAAAAUUUGCUGAAAUCCACAGCUGAUUGCAUCAAAUGCGAACCAAGUUAUUUUGCAUUUUUUGUGCAGUUCACUGUUGUCUGAAUCACUAAAUCAGGCGCCGUGCGUGACGUGACGUGACGUCGUUUAGUUUUGUCCUUCCCGGAAGUUGUUUCGGUAUUUGCGCAACAAUACUAGGAGGGUGAGAGAUGUUCAACUUUGACGGCGACUUCCGUCCUCGCCGUCCACAGCAGAACUUCGGCGGAGCGUCGCAAAAGUCGGACCGGCUGACGAUCAUCCGGAAGGCGCAACAGGAGCGGCAGAAACGCGAGGAUGCCCGCCGACAGCAGAACGGCGCGACGGUCAUUCAAAGUUCCGUGCGGAGCUUUGUCCAGAGGCAGGCGGUCAAGGGGAGGGAGAGGGAUCGGUUCGACGAGUACCGGAGGACGUGUGGCGUGAGGAAUCUGCAGGAUUUGGAGUAUCUGACGAAGCGGAUCGUGUUCUUCUAUCACGGACGGAACGGGAAGGAUGGGGAUCGAUUGAUCUUCCUGUGCCAGUAUGUGAUCAAAAAUCCGAAGGAGGUCUUCGAAGCGGCUGCAACGCAGCCCAUGUGGACGUAUCGUAUCAAGAAGCUGCUGGGAUUGUGUCUGCAGCAGAUAUUUGUUCCGGAACAUUCGCCGACAAUCCCGAUGCGUAUGCUGGAGAUUUACUCGUCUAACGCGUACGUUGGCAAAUACAUCCCCGAAGAGCCGACGACCGGAACCGCCAGCAGCAGUCGAACAUAUCUGGAGGCUAUCUUCUGUUACCUCAUUCGGCAAAAGUACUUCCGGAUCGUGCGUCGACUAAUCGAGGAGAAGAUUCCCCCGGUGGACGAGGACACGACGACGAUUCCGAACCCGAUUGCCGAAGCACUGCUGCAGAUGCUGCUGCGACCGCUCAAGUUGCUGCCAACAGCAAACGAAACCUUCAACGCGAGCAUCCUGCAGUCAUUCAGCUUCCACAUCCUGUCGCCGGACUUUUCCGCCCAGCUCAAGCACUACAUUGUGCCGGCGCUGGCAGCCAGCACCGACUUUCCGUACAUUUCCCUCGUUCGGUUCAUUGCCGAAGAGUACCAGGGACGGUUGGACUACCAGAACACGAUCCUGGUGGACAUUGAUGAUGAGAUGGAUGGAGGCGGGGUCACCGCCGAAAGCACUCCGGUCAGCAAAAAGGCACGCAAGAAUCCAGACCAGGAAUCGUUGCAGCUGUCGAGCUCUCUGCUGUACUCCGUAAUGAAGCUGGGCGAGAAUCAAUUUGACAAACUAAACACCGAAGAGUUGUACAGCGCGUACGUCAAGGUGCUCUCCUCGAUGGUUAGCAACCUCACCAAACUGCCGCGGCUCGCCCUCGUUACGUACCAGCCCCGGCAGGACGAUUCCAGCGAUUCCGAGUCGGACUCCGAGGACGUUCCCAUGCUGACCAACUGCGAGAACCAGACCCUCUCCGAAGUGAUCGCCAUGCUGAACGACAACCAGCGAGUUUCGUACGUGGUGAGCUUCAUCGACGACAUCCUGGACAAGCCGGAAGUGGUGCAGCAUCUGUGUCUGAUCUGCCACAACCUAAUGACGUACAAUCGACUCGCGGUCUACCAGUACAAGCUGCUGUACAUGCUCGCCUCAAAGCCGCAGUUUGUGCGAUCGCUGUGGUACACAUUGACAGCGCAAACCGCAAGUCAGGGCUUCUCGUCGCCGAUUUCGCUGCUGUCCAAAGGGUUGACCAUCUCAAAAUACGACUCGGACCGCAUCGUCCCCAUCCUGGCCUCGUUCUGCGCCCUCUUCGGUCGCCUCAUCGCCACCCUGCACGACGGCGAAUUCUGCCAGGAAAACGUACUGCCCGGAACGGUCAGCAAAAUCAUGCCCUUCACCAUCCCGGAGAUCAUCCCGCUGAGCACCACCCUCAAGGAGAUUUCACUCGGGCUAGUCGAGCUGGCCUUCCCGGAAACCCGCUCCUCCCUCAAGGACAGCUACCGCACCAUGCUCACCUCGCUGAACAACGAAUCGACCUCCCACUACCGGCUCAAGUGCGACCCCAACGAGCAGAGCAAAAACGUGUGGCCACACCUCCUAAAAGUGUGCGUCUCAUUGCUCCGGCAAAUCCACACCCGCGACCUGCGCCGAACGUUCUGCCCCGACGGCCACUGGACGGCUCAGAAUCUGAAUCUGCCCCUGGACAAACCCACCGAUCUGCAUCUGUCGCGACGACGAGGACCGCGCCCCUUCCAACCCAUCCGGGACUUUACGCGGGAGGACGUCGAGGACGGACCGCCGCUGUCCACCAAGCAGAUUCGCUCGAUUACGAUCCUGCGCGAGAUCCCAUUUGUGGUGGCGUUCAACACGCGCGUCGGCGUCUUUCAGGGUCUGGUGGCGGCGGACAAACUGAGGACGCAGGGCGAUUUGCAGGGAUUCCUGCAGGGGCCGUCCAUUCAGCUUACGGUGCGGCGGUCACAUCUGUACGAGGACGCGUUCGACAAGCUGAGUCCGAUGAAUGAGCCCGACCUCCGCCCCAAGUUCCGCAUCGAGAUGGUCAACUCGGCCGGUAUGCGCGAGGCCGGCAUCGACGGCGGCGGAGUGUUUCGCGAGUUUCUGUCGGAGCUGCUCAAGACCGCGUUCGACCCGCACCGGGGCUUCUUCAUGAUCACCAAGGACAACAUGCUGUACCCGAAUCCGAGCGUCGGUAAGAUUGUGGAGGAUUACCAGCGACAUUACUACUUUAUCGGGCGCAUUCUGGGCAAGGCACUGUACGAGAACCUGCUGGUGGAGUUGCCGUUGGCGGAGUUUUUCCUCUCGAAGCUGGCCGGAAAGCACUCGGACGUGGACAUUCAUCAGCUGGCGUCGCUGGAUCCGGUGCUGCACAGGAACUUGAUGUCGCUGAAAGCUUACGAAGGGGACGUCGCGGAUCUCGGGCUGGACUUUACGAUAGUCUGCGACGAGUUGGGCGAAACGAGGGUUGAGGAGCUGAAGCCAAACGGAGCCAACAUUACCGUUAGCUCGUCGAAUCGGCUCGAGUACAUUCAACUGAUGGCGGACUUUAAGCUGAACAAGCAAAUUCGCUCGCAGUGUCUGGCCUUCCGGCAGGGUCUCGCGAACGUAUUACCCAUCGAAUGGCUUUACAUGUUCAGCAACAAGGAGCUCCAGGUGUUGAUAUCGGGCGCGGAAAUCCCCGUGGACGUGCACGACCUGCGGCAGAACACCCGCUACGGUGGAGACUUUACCCUCGAACACAACACGAUCCAGCUGUUUUGGAAGGUCGUCGAGGAGUUUGACGACAUCCAGCGGCGGCAGCUGCUCAAGUUUGUUACGAGCUGCUCGCGGCCUCCGCUGCUGGGUUUCAAGGAUCUGGACCCGCCGUUUUGCAUCCAGAAUGCCGGCGACACGGACCGCCUGCCCUCGGCCAGCACCUGCAUGAAUCUGCUCAAGCUGCCGGCCUUCGACAAGGAGGACAUGCUGCGGGAGAAGCUGCUGUACGCGAUCCAGAGUGGGGCCGGGUUUGAGUUGAGCUAAGCGAGCUUCUCAGGGAAUCGAGUUGUGAUUUUUCUUCUGCGUGAGUUUUUUCGUCGUCGUCGUUGAUGUGACUACCCCCUUCAACUGCUGUAAUUAUUCAUCGUAUUUUUCUAUAUGUGGGAGUAGGGAACGAUUUCUGCCGAUAGGAGCAAGGUGUUUGCAGUUUAGAGAGAUGACUAUUUCCGUGCUGGUGGUACCGCCGUAAGCAAUGCUGUUUUUGCUAAUCAUAAGAUUGUAUCUAUAUAUUUGUGAGACUAUUUUAGCGCUAGAAAUAUAACAUUCUCCACUACACACUCUGGCACGUACAGAAUGACAAACAGAACAGAUUAUGAUGCAAGGAAGUAAGGCGAUAAUAAAGUCCUUUAAGUAUA